AUGGUGCGGAGGGCUCGCGUCGACGUGCUCGUGCCUCACGAAGCCAAGGACGAGCAAGAUUUCACCGACAUUUUGCAUCCCAAGCUGUCCCACGCAGCCUCUCGUCAUGUGUUUGGAUUUGGCAACCACCCUGUGCGCCCCCAAAGGAUCCUUGGCGGCCCGACUCGACAGCUACCAUCAAUGCGAUCAAUGCACCGCGGACGGCUCGGCGGCUGGGACUCUGCAGUUGACGUCGCAUCGGACGCCGUGCGAAACAGCGAGGCAGAGCCCAAGCACGGCACCUGCGGCAGUCUUUUCGUGCGUCGACGGCACCGCUGGCCACCCGAGUUGGAACCGACAUGCUGGGCCACCUCGGAUGCAUUGACUGCCCCGGACCAUCCCAUUCGCCAGGGUGGACUGUGGUGCUGCCAUGACGUAUUGGACCCGAUGGCUGCCCAAUCGGUAGGAAGCGUCAUAUGCGUCGGUAUUAUGGCCUAUUUCCGAGUCAAAUGGGCUGGCGGAUCUGGUGCAUGGCCGCAGGGGUAA